GAAAUUUGAAAACCAAGCGGCAGUCGACGGCGACGGCGACAGCGUGCUACAAAAGCCAUUGCGAGCGUCUACGCGGCGCUCGAAAAAAACACAGGAAAAUUACAAAAAAAAAACGUUCGAAAAUCACAAGAAACACCCAGCGAAAAUCUAAAAGGAAUCCCCAUAUACGAUAUAGGAAGUACGAGCAGACAGUUCUCUAAAAACUAAACUACAUCUUACUUUUUUUUGAGAAUUACCGUUUUGCGUUGGUUAUUUUUUGCAGUGAGUGUGUGUGCGCGGUUUUUUGUAUUUUGAAAACAGAUUUUUGGAAAAUAAAUUGAUUCAAGGCAUUGAUUUGCUGCAUUCAGUACCUGUUCCAUGCAAAUUCUACGGCCACCUGGCAGCUGAUUCGAAAAAUAAAACAAAAAAUAAGAAGAAGAAGAAGAAGAAGCAGUCCCAAAACAAACACACGCAAGCCAUGCUGUGACAAAAAAAUCUUACAAUAAACCCAAGAAAACGAAAACGAGAAAGCCAGAAGAAGAAGAGCCUAAAAAGACAACGGAAUUCUGCUUGAUAUGCAUCGAAGGUUGAAGGGCAAGAGAACUCGCAACAAGUCAAGAACCGGCAAGAGAAAGUUAAAAGCACGCCUAGCCUAACAGGGUUUAUCCUCUUUUGAGAGGACCAACGACACUGCCGACGGAGGAGACGAGAGAAGCUCCCAAAGAUCAGGAGAAGAAUCCUGCUGAUUCACCCACCGAGACCCAAACUGUGCCAAGAUGUAUAAGUUGCUGGGUAGCCUGAAGAGCUACCUCAAAUGGCAGGACAUCCAGACGGACAACGCCGUCUUCCGGCUGCACAACUCCUUCACCACGGUGCUCCUGCUCACCUGCAGUCUGAUCAUCACCGCCACCCAAUAUGUUGGCCAGCCGAUCAGCUGCAUUGUCAGUGGCGUUCCGCCGCACGUGGUCAACACGUUCUGCUGGAUCCACAGUACCUUCACCAUGCCGGACGCUUUCCGUAGACAGGUUGGUCGUGAGGUUGCUCAUCCCGGUGUGGCCAAUGAUUUCGGCGAUGAGGAUGCCAAGAAGUACUACACCUACUACCAGUGGGUCUGCUUCGUCCUCUUCUUCCAGGCCAUGGCCUGCUAUACGCCCAAGUUCCUGUGGAACAAGUUCGAGGGCGGCCUCAUGCGCAUGAUUGUGAUGGGCCUGAAUAUCACGAUCUGCACCCGCGAGGAGAAGGAGGCGAAACGCGAUGCCCUGCUGGACUAUCUGAUCAAGCACGUUAAGCGCCAUAAGCUGUACGCCAUUCGUUAUUGGGCCUGCGAGGUUCUCUGCUGCAUUAACAUUAUCGUACAGAUGUAUCUGAUGAAUCGCUUUUUCGACGGCGAGUUCCUCUCGUACGGCACCAAUAUAAUGAAACUGUCGGAUGUUCCGCAGGAGCAAAGGGUGGAUCCCAUGGUCUAUGUCUUCCCCCGGGUCACCAAGUGCACCUUCCACAAGUAUGGUGCCUCCGGUUCGCUCCAGAAGCACGACUCCCUCUGCAUCCUGCCGCUGAACAUUGUGAACGAGAAGACCUACGUGUUUAUCUGGUUUUGGUUCUGGAUUCUGCUCGUCCUGCUCAUCGGACUGAUAGUGUUCCGUGGCUGCAUCAUCUUCAUGCCGAAAUUCCGGCCUCGCCUACUGAACGCCCGCAACCGAAUGAUUCCGAUGGAGAUCUGUCGUUCGCUGUCCCGGAAACUGGACAUUGGCGACUGGUGGCUCAUCUAUAUGCUGGGCCGCAAUCUCGACCCCGUCAUCUACAAGGACGUGAUGAGCGAGUUUGCCAAGCAGGUGGAGCCCUCCAAGCACGACCGUGCCAAGUAGACCCCCAGAACCAGUAACGAGAUGCCCCGAUAUGCCCUAUGAUAUAUCAAGUACCCUGCCUACAAGUCCCCCAUCAUAUUUUGUCCGAAACUGAAAGCCCCAAAUUCCAAAUUCUAUUUUGGAUUAUUUUUUAUUUUUAUUUAGCACAAAUCAUACUACUUAGUUGAAACUAAAUACCAGGACAGAGCCAUGCCCCGACGCCCCUUUGGUAGUUCUGUGAUUAAGCCCUGACCCUUGAACCUCUCCCUCUGCCUUCUCCCACUCCCAAACCCCCCCUAAGCUAUCAUUAACAUGAAUUAAUCAAUGAUCACAACUCGAAUCGCUUGGCAGAAAAGACAAUCCCUUUUAUUUUAUUUUGAUUUUUUUGAUUUGAUUUUCCAUCAAUUAUAACAAGACAAAAACCAACAACAAAAACAAAAAUGAGAUGAGAUUUUCCUUGUGUUUUUUUUUGCAAACAAAAUCAUUUUUUUUCCUAAUUUUAAAAUCUAAUUUAAUGCCUAGUUCUUAUUUAUAAAUAGACAUCGUAAAACAAGAAAUUGAAUCCCCCCAAAAGAAAUCAGAAGAGAUCAUAUUUUUGCACGAGAUGAUGGCGUAAUGUUUGGACGCUUCGGAAGAAACCGAUAAUAUAAUAACAAAUAAAUAUUGCUUUGAGUCUUUCAUAUAAUACUAAUGUCUAGAUUUCCAUCGGAAGCGUUUGAAACAUAUGAAUAGUUUUUUUUUGGGGAAAACUGAAGAGAAUAAAAUGCGCUAUGUUAAGUUUAUUGUGUAGUUUUAGGCGAAAAUUGCUAAGGUUUUAUAUGAAACUAAAAUAUGAUAUAAAAUAAAAAUCUUUUUACAACUGGCGAAAA